AUGAAGACCUUAUUCGUUUUUGCCCUUGUGAUGAGUGUUUGGUCUUGUUCUGGGUUGCCAGUGUAUGACUAUGAACCAUCCAUCGCGGAAGAAGCUCUGCGUGCCUCCAUUGGAAGAGUGAAUUCUAGAUCACAAUGGCCAGCCCUGUUUGGCGUCGUCAGGAGCUACGUUAGAGGGGUUGACCUGUUGGAUAACAAUGACUACAGUAUAGUGCUGGACUUCAUUGUUCGAGAAACCACCUGCACUAAAGAUUCAGAGAAGGAUCCGUCCUUGUGUGACUUCAGAAUGGGACGCUAUGUGCAAACGGCCUUCUGCAGAAGUACAGUGCGGGUCUCUGAAGAGCAGAUACAGAACUUUGCAGUUUACUGCAGCCAGGAUGGUUCCAGCUCAGAAUCCUCAAGCAGCGAGGAGAUGAUGUUCAUGGAAAUGAUGGUGCCAAACAGAAGGGGUGACAGUCGCAAUGAAGCUCAACUUGCUCCUGAGGCCUUCUCUGCAGGGAGAAGACGCCAGAGCUAUAAAGCUCAGCGCCGAUCCAGUAAAGCCAACUCCUACACAUUGAAAUAACCCCACUCAGUAAAUUGAAGAUCCAACAGGACCAGAAGCCAAAGAACCAGCACAUGAAGGAGGAACUUGACAGCAAUUGACUUUAUU